GUGAGAGGUGACAAGUUGAGAGGUUGUGUUAGCAGAAACGGCAUGGCGGCUACACUUUAGCUGCUACACUUUUAAGUAAAGGAAGUCAAACGAAGCGAGGGUGCUGUGGCUCAGCGACAGCCGCGGCGAACGUGUCGUGAAGUGCAUCAUCUUUGAGGACCAGCAAAGCGUUUGUUGGAUGAUAUCGCUUUGCUCGUCAGCCCAUGUUAACAUGCUGCUAGCUAGCUUGUCGAGUUGCUCUGUCACAGCCGAGUAGUUGGGAGUUACGGGAGCUAACGCAGCUAGCUCGCUACAAACAAACUUUGAAUCUCGAGGAAAGCUAUUAAGAUGGCUGUGUCAGUGCGGGGCCUGUACUUUGUGGUGACCCUGUUUUUGAGUAGUUUCUUUGGAAGUGUCUUCCUUAUGGGUCCGGUUUUGCCCCUCAUGCUGCUUUCUCCUGCUUGGUACCGCUGGAUCACUGAUCGCUUGGUCGCUGUCUGGCUCACCCUGCCUGUGUCCUUGCUAGAGCUGGUAUUUGGGGUUAAGGUCGUGAUAACGGGUGAUGGCUUCAUUCCGGGGGAGCGCAGUGUGAUAAUCAUGAACCACCGUACGUGUCUGGACUGGAUGUUUCUUUGGUGUUGUCUGCUCAGACACAGCUACCUUCGCCUGGAGAAGAUCUGCCUCAAAGCUGCUCUCAAGGCUGUGCCUGGCUUUGGCUGGGCAAUGCAGGUGGGCUGCUUCGUCUUUAUUCGGCGUCGUUGGGAGGAGGACAAGAAACACUUGGAGAACAUGCUGGACUACUUCUGUGACAUCAGAGAGCCUCUGCAGCUGCUGCUGUUCCCAGAGGGCACAGAUCUAACUGCGAAUACGAAAGCAAAGAGCGAUAUAUUUGCCGCCCAGAACAACCUGCCAAAGCUGGAGUAUGUGCUACAUCCUCGAACCACUGGAUUCUCCUUCAUCGUGGACAAGCUAAGACAAGGAGACAACCUGGAUGCCGUCCACGACAUCACAGUGGCCUAUCCCAAGACCAUCCCUCAGACAGAACGCCACCUCAUCCUGGGGCUUUUCCCCCCCGAGAUCCACUUCCACGUCCGCCGCUACCCAGUAGCUUCCCUGCCCUCCUCAUCAGAACUGCAGUCUUGGUGUCAAGCGCGCUGGGCUGAGAAGGAGAUCCGUCUUCGUGACUUUUACUCAGGACAGCCCCGGGCCUUUGACAGAGACAGAGUUGCGUAUGUGCCACCUUGUAAGUCCGAGUCCAGGGUGGCUCUGAUCAAGGCAGCCUCUCUGCUGUCCUGGACCAGCUUCAUUGUUCUGUGCUUCACUGGCCUGUGGCUGUCGACUCCAUUCAGGCUCUUUCUUGUGGUCAUUGUUGGAGUGUAUGUGGUCCAGCUUAAGCUGUUUGGAGGGAUGGAGCUGCUUGAGUUGGCCUGCCAUCGAUAUUGGAAGACCAGUGCAGCUCAUGCUGGAGGCAAGAAGAUGCAGUGAGGCGAGGAUGCAAGACAGGAUUGACUGGACACGGAAAACUCUUGUUGUCUCUGUCUGCUCAGUCCAGAGGGCGAGAGGCUUCCUCAGACGGAACCAGAACUCCAUGCCUUUAGAAAGGGAGUAAUAAUUGAAUUCCCGACAGUAAACAUGGCUUCAGUGGAAAGAGCUUACCAUUCGGUUGAAGUAAGAAAAGGAGGAAUGUUUUCUACAUGUAUGUGUUCAUGUGUAUUUCUCCUCCCCCUCUGUAAUCACUGUCGAUUAGCUGGUCCUCGGUUCAUUUCACGUUUUUAUGUUGUUGGUGUUAAGGUUGUUUCAGAACCUCAAUGUUGACGUUUAUCAUGAAAAAACAAAAUGCUGUUAAUAUUUUUUU